AAAUAUCAUGAAAUUCAAUCAAACACACCAUGAAACUGAAGCUGUGUUUAAAUUUUAAUGUUAUUUUGAUUUAUGUUAUUGUUGUUUUGAUUAUGUAAUCUAUCAAAAUGGUUUUGUUAUUCUCUCUAGCAGAGUAAUCCUCUGUUGACAUAUAAAUCUGUCCAUUGCUUUAAUGGGUUUAUCCAUUUCCUUUGUUUUUUCACCAUGGAAGGAAGUCUUGACAGAAAAGAUGUUGGGUUCAGCACUUGUGAAGACUGCUUUAUUUAGAUCUGCCAGUUUCAGUGGAAGGGAUUCGGAGCAAUCAGUUAAUCUCAAGAAAAGAAAUUAUGAAACCAUGUUGAGUCCUGACAGGCCCCAUAAAAAAAUCAUCAAAGAAUCGAUGAGCUUCAAGAACUGGAAACCUGACAUGGUCAAGCUUGAUAUCACCAAUUUUCUCAAGAAUGUUAGAGCAGGCAAUGAUUCUUCAGAAUUGAUUAGUUGUAAGAGCACCGCUAACGAUUCAAUUCCUAAAUUGAAGCCUCCAAUUUGUCUCCCUGACCUAGCACUGCCGAAGCCAAGGUGCGAGCUCAAUGCUGCUGCGCUUAAGCUGCAGAAAGUAUACAAGAGUUACCGGACGCGAAGAAAUCUUGCUGAUUGCGCGGUUGUGGCUGAGGAGCUUUGGUGGAAAGCAUUAGAUUUUGCAGCGCUCGAGCGGAGCUCAGUGUCAUUUUUCGACAUUAACAAGCAAGAGACUGCAGUUUCACGUUGGUCACGUGCUAGAACAAGGGUUGCCAAGGUUGGAAAGGGUUUAUCCAAGGAUGAGAAGGCCCAAAAGCUAGCUUUGCAACACUGGCUUGAAGCCAUCGACCCGCGCCAUCGUUAUGGGCACAAUCUGCAUCUUUAUUAUGUUGUCUGGUUCAAAUGCGAGAGCACCCAACCUUUUUUCUACUGGUUGGAUGUAGGAGAUGGCAAAGAAGUAAAUCUUGAGCAGUGCAUGAGGAACAAUCUUCAGCAUCAAUGCAUUGAAUAUCUCGGAUCGAAAGAGAGGGAGAAAUAUGAAGUCAUUGUGGAGAAUGGGAAGCUUGUCUAUAAACAGAGCGGGGAGCUUGUGAACACAGCUGAAGGUUCCAAGUGGAUAUUUGUUCUUAGCACAUCAAGAGCAUUAUAUGUGGGGCAGAAGAUAAAAGGUGCAUUUCAACACUCGAGUUUUCUUGCUGGGGGAGCCACAACAGCAGCUGGACGGUUGGUUGCAGAAGAUGGGGUUCUCAAGGCUACGUGGCCUUACAGUGGUCACUACCAGCCAACGAAGGAGAACUUCAAGGAGUUUGUCAGCUUCCUAGAGGAGCAUAAUGUCGACCUCACUAAUGUAAAGAUGUAUGCAACUGAUGAUGACAGACCUCCAUCCAAAGUUUGUGAGGAGGCAUGCAGAGAAGAGGCAGCGGAGUGUCCCACCAUAACCGAUGCAGUAGACUCGGAUGUAUCUAAGGUGGAUGAGUCUGCUGAGGAGAGUGUCAAGGCAGAGGAUGACAUGGACAAUGACCCAGCCAAUGCAGUAGCACCAACAUUCAAUAUGGGCAAACCUUCAUCACGCAAGUGGGCCACUGGAGCUGGUCUCCGCAUUGGAAUAGUCAGGGACUACCCUGCAGAGCUACAAUGCAGGGCACUUGAACAAGUAAACCUUUCGCCAAGGGUCACACCUGCACCCUCUGGGACCUGUGGGCCGAUCCCAUCUCCACGGCCCAGUCCCAAGGUCAGGCUCUCCCCAAGGCUCACAUACAUGGGUCUCCCUAGCCCAAGGGUGGUCCUUCCAAAUGACAAGUAGACAUUUUCUUCUGCCAAUUUUCUUGUUGGCAGAGUGACCACAUUGAUCUCCCAAUCCAAUAAGGAUCUAGUGUACUUUCAGUUGUAGUCUGUAGUCUGUCGGUGGCAUGUGGAAAAUAAACAGUGCAUCUAGUGUCCUUUCAGUCUCCAUCUGUUGGCGUCAUGUAGAAAAUAAACAAGCCACAAAGACAGUCCCUAUUCCUAACCUCUCAAUGUUGA